UCACUUCAGUGAAAAUUUUUUAGAUUUUGAGAGCGGUUCUUCUCUUGGUCGAACUUCAUUAGGUUGAAAGCGGUGUUUAGCUCCGAAACGCAAUCAACGCAAUAUUCCGCUAUUGAAGCCUAGUGCCACGGCCCUCUGCUAGUAUCUCCCCCGCAUUCAAUCGAAAAAUGGCAACAGCAGCGAACAGCGCGACAGCUGCCGGAGCAGCUAAAGACGCCCCGCCAGCGCCUACGAAGUCGUUGUCCGGCAUUGUGAAGCAGGUUCUCUCCGGCGAUACGGUAGUUAUUCGCGCAACUAAGGGUGCCCCGCCUCCGGAGAAACAAAUUACUUUCUCUCAUGUCCUUGCCCCGAAGUUGGCCCGUCGUCCUGGCGCUGGCGGAGACGAGACCAAGGAUGAGCCCUGGGCCUGGGAGUCGCGGGAGUUCUUGCGUAAAAAGUUGAUUGGUGUGGAAGUGACUUUCACGUUUGACAAGCCAGCCAACUCGAACCGGGAGUACGGUUUUGUGUGGAUCGGUAAGGACAAGGAGACCGGUGAAAAUGUGGUCGAGUCGAUUGUCCGAGAGGGCCUGGUGUCGGUCCGCCGAGAGGGACGACCCACAGCCGAGCAGCAAACACUCAUCGAGUUGGAGGACCAGGCGCGUGCAGCAGGCCGCGGAAAAUGGUCGUCCACCGCAACUGCCGCCGACAAGGUUCGCAACAUUAAGUGGUCCCAUGAGAAUCCCGCACACCUGGUCGACAUCUACGGAGGAAACCCCGUCAAGGCGAUCAUCGAGCACGUGCGCGAUGGAUCCACCGUCCGAGCAUUCUUGCUGCCGGACUUCCACUACAUAACGCUAAUGAUUUCGGGCAUCCGUUGUCCUGGAGUGAAGUUGGAUGCUGAUGGCAAGCCCGACCUGAGUGUAAAGGUGCCGUUUGCUGACGAAGCUCGCUACUAUGUGGAAACCCGCCUGUUGCAACGCGAUGUGGAAAUCCGCCUAGAAUCGGUUAACAACUCCAACUUCAUUGGCACUAUUUUGUAUCCCAAGGGAAACAUUGCAGAAUCACUCCUGCGAGAGGGACUUGCCAAGUGUGUGGACUGGUCAAUGGCUGUUAUGAAGACAGGCACUGAUAAACUGCGGGCUGCGGAGCGUUUUGCCAAAGAGAAGCGUCUUCGCCAAUGGCAGGACUACCAAGCUAAAACUCCUGCUUUCAACUCAAAGGAGAAAGACUUCUCUGGAACAGUGGUGGAAGUCUUCAAUGGCGAUGCUAUUAAUGUACGUCUUUCCAAUGGACAAGUAAAGAAGGUUUUCUUCUCGUCUAUCAGGCCGCCGCGUGACCAACGCGCGGUUGUGGGCACCGAUGGCGAGGAAAUCGUCAAGGCACCACCUCGCGGAAAAAACUACAGACCACUUUACGAAAUUCCACACAUGUUCGAUGCCCGCGAGUUUCUGCGUAAAAAACUAAUUAACAAAAAUGUUCAAUGCACCCUGGACUACAUCUCACCGCCGCGCGAAAACUUCCCUGAGAAAUACUGCUAUACUGUCUCGAUCGGCGGUCAGAACGUGGCUGAGGCAAUGGUAGCCAAAGGUUUGGCAACAUGUGUUCGCUAUCGCCAAGACGACGAUCAGAGAUCUUCCGCCUAUGAUCAAUUGAUCGCGGCCGAACAGCAAGCCAUCAAGGGACUGAAGGGACUGCACGCAAAGAAGGAUAACGCCACACUGCGAGUUAACGACCUGACUGUUGAUCAUUCCCGAAUUAAAAUUCAAUACUUGCCAUCGUGGCAGCGUGCUCUGCGUACUGAAGCCAUUGUAGAGUUUGUCGCCAGCGGAUCCCGCCUCCGAAUCUUCGUGCCGAAGGACAGUUGCCUGGUCACAUUCCUGCUUGCUGGGAUUUCAUGCCCGCGUUCCUCUCGUCCAGCGCUUAAUGGCGUUCCAGCCCAAGAGGGAGAGCCGUUUGGCGACGAGGCUUUGACCUUUACCAGGGAGCGUGUCUUGCAACGCGACGUUUCUGUGCAUAUCGAUACCACCGACAAGGCAGGAUCUUCAGUGAUUGGUUGGCUCUGGACGGACAGCGGCGCCAACUUGUCAGUUGCUCUUGUAGAAGAGGGUCUUGCGGAAGUGCACUUUAGUGCUGAAAAAUCUGAGUACUACCGCCAGUUGAAGAGUGCUGAAGACCGUGCCAAGGCCGCCAAAAAGAACAUCUGGACAAACUACGUGGAAGAAGUGCCUAAAGAAAAAACUGUCACCGAGGAAGAGAAGGAGGACAAGGUAGUGGCGGAUCGUAAAGUCAACUACGAGAACGUCAUUGUCACUGAGAUCACCGAAACUCUGACAUUCUUCGCGCAAUCCGUGGAGAGCGGAUCCAAGCUAGAGUCGCUUAUGAGCAAGCUUCACGCCGACUUCCAGUCCAACCCACCCAUCGCUGGAUCGUACACGCCAAAGCGUGGUGACCUGGUGGCCGCUCAGUUUACACUUGAUAAUCAGUGGUACCGUGCCAAGGUGGAACGCGUGCAGGGCAGCAAUGCUACCGUCCUGUACAUCGAUUAUGGAAAUAAGGAGACACUUCCGACCAACCGUUUGGCAGCCCUGCCACCAGCCUUCAGCAGCGAAAAGCCCUACGCCACGGAGUAUGCUUUGGCCUUAGUCGCCCUGCCAACUGACAACGAAGAUAAGGAAGAAGCCUUGCGUGCCUUUUCCGAAGACGUUUUGAACCAUAAGGUUCAACUCAAUGUCGAGCUGAAGGUGACUGGGUCGCCGCACUUGGCCACUCUUCGCGAUCCAACUACUAAAGUCGAUUUUGGAAAGCAGCUUGUAGCCGAGGGCCUUGUUCUGGCUGAAAAGCGCGGGGAGCGGAAGCUCAAGGAACUAGUGGACCAGUACAAAGCCGCGCAGGAAGCUGCUCGGGUCGCGCAUCUGGCCAUCUGGAAGUACGGUGACAUAACGCAAGAUGAUGCGCCCGAGUUCCGCUAAAAGAUGGCUGGAAACGUGGAGUAGGCCUGUGGCGUGGAGCGCGUUGCUAGCCGAAAAGAUUGUCUGCCACAUACCCGCCCUUUAUAUACAUAACAACAAGCAACAACUUAAAGAAUAUGAAAUUACUAAUUCUAUCUAUACACCAAUAUAUAUGAUACAUAUACCACAUUGGAAAUACACAAAUACAUACAUAUGAGCAAUGGCAUGGAAGAACACGGUACACUUUUUGUAUGCUUUAAGCAGCUGGCAAAUUAUUAUUUGGUCUUCUAGUUUUCCUAUCAUGAUACUUUAAAUAAAUAUUUGACACAA